UUCCUUACUCUGAAAAUAGAGUUUAUUCAGGAAAUAAGAGAUAUAUAUCUCGAACAAAUUCACGAAUUAGGAUGUAAAUUUUAAUUUUCUCACUUGCCAUGGGGUCUCAACUCAACUGGACAGAGUGGCAACGUCUCAAACUUUGGGAUGACGUACGAUUCAAGGCAUUUAUACCAACCACUGUUUUUCUGCUUCUGUGCGCUGUUGUGGGACUUGUUGGCAAUGCCGUAGUGAUUUAUAUUUAUGGACUCCGACUUCAUAGAAAAUAUGAAGGACGUUAUUUUAUACCCUAUUUGGCUCUAGCCGAUCUCCUUGCUGUGGUUAUUUCAGUAGAGCUUCAUACGGUCAACAAUUUCUUUCCUGUUACCUACACGAUGGAAUCACUUUGUAGGUGGAAUUUUGUAUGCGGAUUUUUUGCCACUGUUUUUGCUUCUGAAAUGCUACUGAUAAUUGCUGUACAGCGCUACCUGAAAGUUUGCAAACCGUUUGGAGGGCAAAUGACUUUGUUUUGGAGGCGCUUUUCUCUGAUUCUGUCCUUUAUUCUUACAAGUAUUCUCGUUGUUCCAACAUACUUCACAUUUGGACUGGAGAGAGUUUACAACAAAGAACUGAACGUAACCGGAACUGCUUGUCGUAGACUGACCUCCACUACGCAGACUCUGUCCCUGAUUCAUAGCACAUCCUGCACAUUUUUUGUUGUAACUGGGGGAAUUGUACUUAUCGUACUGUAUACGUUAAUUGCAAAGGUCAUCCACCGACAAAAUAAACAAAACAGGACAGAUCCCAGCAAGAAGAGGACGAACGUGUCGUUGAUGUUUAUGAUUAUCACAAUAAUAUUUUUGGUGAGCUUCUCGCCCAGAGUGAUAACGUUUCUUUUGGAGGGAAUAACUGUUGGUAUGUGGGAGACCCUAACCGUAGAAGAAUAUGCUGCUGUAAGAUUUUUCGAGGUAUUGUACGUUGUAAACCAUCUGGCCAACCCAUUUGUUUAUGCCUUUAUGGACAUCAAAUUUGUGACGGAGCUUAAAAAAGGGUUUUCUUGCCAUACUAAGCAAUCAUAUAAAAAUGACUCUACUUCUUGUACAGAGGCAAAUGACACUCAAAUAACCUAAAGAAAAUGCGACAACUAAACAAAAGUUUUCACAUGCUAUAUAUGAAAUAAAUUGAUCGAUAUUAUAGUGAAAGAACUCGUAAAAAAAUAUUCAUUUGCUUUUAUGCUGAUUUUGCGAUAUUGUUUGAUCCAAAAAUAGGUCAAAAGCCUGUAAUUGUAUAAAAUUAAUAAUUUUAUAACAAUAUCAAUAUUAUGUAUAAAAUGUUUAAACUUUUCACAGAAACUAUAAUUGAGAACAAAUGUAAAUAACUUUUCGAUACGUUCUUAUGAACAAUAUGACUCUCUCUGUCUGUAAAUAUAGAUAAAACUGAUUAGAUGUAGUUUUGAUUACAGAAUAUUUACUGCUUAACAAAUUGUCAUAAGAAAUAAUGAACAAUACUUAAUGCAUGAACAUAUAUUAAUAAGUAUGAAACUGCUACCAGUAAUUUAUAAAAUUUGAAAAUGUUUGAUCAAUGUUUGCUUUUUAUGAUCGAUUCAAACGUAUUCUUUAAGAACUUUAGCCAUUUUACACCUCAAAUAUAUGUCUCUUUAUUGUGUUAAACACUUGAGGUGAAUUGAAUUUUGUCAGUUUUAAUCAGGUAUACUCACACUAUUACUUAUUAGGUUAGUUACUGACUCACUACGGAAAUAUAUUGGGUUGAUCAAUCUCAUAGAUGGCGAGGCGAAGCCGAGCCGUC